AUGGAAAACUUCAAAGACCUCCUAAACCACCCAGUAACAACCUACCUAAAGUCCAGCACAAGCACCGCCCUCACAACACACCUCGCAACCCUGCGCUCAACAAUAAUAGACCCCUACAUCAUAUCCCCACUCUCAAGCAUCCUAAUGUCAACGACCGGCACAACAGACCUAUUCACAAUCUUCAUCCUACUCGCCAUAUUCUACGUCUCGCUCCGAUUGCUGGACUACGCGCGCCGCGUUAUCAUGUGGUGGGUGGUCUUUGCGCUGCGGUUGGUCUUUUGGGGCUCCAUUGCCCUUUCCGUGCUUUAUGUCUAUCAGGUCGGCUUUGAGAAGGCUGGAAAGGAUCUUGGGUGGGUGUAUGGUGUUGUUGAGGGCUUUGUUGAGGAUUUUCAGGCUAGAGCUGCGCAGGCGGCGGAGAAUGGGAAAGGGGGUGGGAGGGCUGCUGGUGGAGGGUAUCGUGAUGUGCCGGGGUGGGAUGGCAAGGGGAAGGUUACUUCUGGUGGUGGGUGGGGGUGGGGGAGGUGA